AUGCUACCUGAAUUCUUGCAGAGUAGUUACGCGCGCUACAAAGCAGAUACCAAUACAUUUGCAACUUGGCUACUGGAGACAGCCAACCAAUGUGGCUAUCAACCAUCUGGACUCGCUGCUGCCACUCCCAUCGUGAGAAAGGGCAAACAUAAAGACAAACACAAACACAAACACGACGACUCAAAUGCAGAUCCACUUCACUAUAGUGCGACUACCAAAGAUCUGCAAAAGCUCGCCGAGGUGGUUGCUAGUUCUACUCUCACGGUACCCGAAUCAGUUCUCACCCUUGCGAAACGCGCCAUUAAAUUGAGAAAGGCGGUCACUUCCUGGUUCUUGGGCCGGGGCGACUCUGCGAAUAACGAGCGGCAUGCUCAUUUCAUCACUGUGCUGGAGCAAAUUUGCGAUGAUCUAGAAUGGAAGACCAGCCAGCCCUCAAAGCCAGACGCCAAGCAACCUCCACCGACUUCCGAGGCUGAAAGUGACAAUGCUAUUGGCGACAGAUUUCUAAACAAAUUUGCUGUCCUCACGGUGGAGGAACCCCAGGAGACUACGCAAACCCAACCUGCCCCCGCCGAAUCGAAGAAGAUAGUCAAGGUGACUGUUGUUGAAGAUGAGGGAAAUGAGACAGCAGACUCAUAUCUUGGUCAGUUGGUCUUCAAGACUCUCUGCUUGCUUCAAGACUUGAACAACAUGCAAACAUUCAUUUCCAUCACCUGGUCGGAGUAUCAAGAUAAGAAAAUCGACCUUAUGAACGCCGCUGUCGUGACUGAUAGUGCUUUGAAACUUGCCCAAGAUCUUGUGCAGGAGGUGGAAGAUGACUGGUGCACUUCCCUUACCGUGAGAAGGGAUGAUAUCCAGAACAUUGUCUACAAUCUCGCUGUUUAUAACCGCGGUAUUUCCGCAGCUCCAUCCCCUGAAGUUGGCCUGCCAUACAACAAGAACAUGGCUGAUAUAGCCGAGUUUUGCUAUGUGCCAACUAAGGUCUUGCUUGAGUCCUUCGCAGAUGUUCUCCAGGUCAAUCAGCUGCCAGUCUUUAAAAAAGGCUACUUUGGCACUUACAAUCCGAAAGCGGACAGAGAGCGGAUGUCUCUGGGUCAGAAAUUCAACGAAGACAAAAUGAUCCUUCUUUCGAUUUUGCCAGAGUUUUGCAUGGUCGAUAGGUUCAAAAUCCAGAUGCCUACUGAGGAUGCGAUAACUCGAGGCCUUGCUGAGUUUGCCAAGUCCAAAGAUGUUACUUUGUGGCUUUGCUUCGCCUCCCAGAUCUUCCUCGACGUUCAUCAUAUCAUGCGACACAGUACCUUGGGUGCAUUUGGAGACCUCCGAAUGUCUGGACUUCGCAUCCAGAAGACUAUCAAUGACUAUUUUCAGCUAUCCAAAACACACCCUUACCCCAAAUUUUGGCCAAAAGAGGGUGACAAGGAAAUUCGAAAUAUAGGAUCAACCGUGAAGGCAUGGAUCAUACAAGAUUUCUUCCAAGAUAUUCGAGUCCGUUAUAAAAUCGACAGCAUUGGCCCCGCGCCCGAAAAGCACGCACUCUUCUCGCAGCAUGCUAUCCUCUGCGGCUUGAUCCUGUUCAGUCUCAAUAUGAGAAUGCAGUUGGUCGGCCAGCAGCUCGUUACACAAUGGUACGACGUCCAGCAACUGGCCUUCUUGCACAACCUCGUCAUAAAUUCUCCAACGCAGAAAGACCUGAGGUGGCCUGAUAUGGAUGCUUUCCUCAAGAUCCAUGGCGAAUCUCAUAUUUUCAUUGGUUCGCGGCCAAAGAACGCCAAAGAAUCGCUGAACCGGCUUGAGUUGGCCACGGGCAUCUCGUCCGCUGCCAAUUUUGCCCGUGACUCCCGGAGCAGGAGGUUUCAUAGGCCUGAUGGCAAGAAUGCCCGCGUGCUCAAGUCCACCACUGCAGUCGCGAACUUGUUCUUCGCCCAGUACGUGGGUGGUCCUGAGGAAGACGCCGGGAUCAUAAACAUUCACGGAAUCCUGGACGAGCUUUCACAGAAAUCGAACCUUGAAUCAUCCAGCAAGGACCUUGAAAAACUCAAUCCGGAACUCAUCAUUACCCGAAAGUGGUCGAAUACCCACAACAUCGAUCCACUGCAGCUUCUCGCCUUCCUGAAGACCAAAUUAUUCGAAGAAGAGCCUGUAAUUCUGUACAAUUACUUCGGCAUGCACAAACGCUCCGUCGAGUUGCUCAGACUUAUCCGAGACAAAGAGCACCAGAAAUUCGUUCAAUAUUUCACACCAGCGUAUCUGCCUGAUGAGUCCUUCAUAUCAAGCAUCGUCCUCCUCAUCCAUCACGUUGCGGAAGGCUCGGCCCAAAGUGCACGUGUAGUUGGACUUACAUCUAGCGGGCUUGAGGUAGUGAGUCGGAUUGUCACAAGCGCUGGCGACGUGAUGCGGAAAUACUUGGAGAAGAAUGGAGACGUGGCAUGCAAAGAGCUGAGGGUUUUCUGCAAGAACAAAAAGCCAAUUCAAGAUGGUGUCGCCUAUGAUAAAGGCAAAUCAGAUGAGCUAGUGUAUUCAUGGCUCAGUCUUGAAGACGUCCUGGGUUCCAAGGGUAUGGCCUCACUCAUGACUGGGAUCCCGAUCGCCUAG